GACAUCUUCAGGGGACAAUAUCUGUUAAAUUUAGAUGCUCAGCAAAUUUGCAAAAAUAGAAGCAGUUGUUGAAGAAUAAUCUGUCACACCGUAUAAAUAUCUGGCAAAUGUUUGCUUACAAUCAAUAUCUGCGAUAGAACUUUUACCAACACUUUAGUUUUAUUUUGACAAUGUUUAUCAAAUCUUCAUUAUUCAUUUUUCUGCAAAUUUUCCUUCUUGCAAAAUCUGCCCCAAUUGCUUCAUCAGAUGAUGAGGCUGACUCAACUGUUACUUCCACCUGUAAUUGGUCAGUAUGUGACAAGCUUUAUGAACGAUACCAGACAGUUCCUAAUGAUCAAUUCUGCGAUUCUGGCUGUCCAACUGAAACUCCUUAUCCAAACUUAUCCGAUGAUAUCUCAAAGUGUAGGGCUUGUGGCUUUUGCGAUGUUUGGCUCAAAUAUUCCCAAGAAUUCAAUGAAGCUCUACAUUGUGGUGGCCCCAUGAUCUUGAUUUACUGCGUUGAAGAUGAACAACCUUCGCAAACUACAGACUGCCUUGAACCUACACCAGAAACAGGUAACGGAAAAAAUAACGGUAAUCAAAAUGGUAACGAAAAUGGUGCUGGUGGAAACAAUGGCAAUUACAAUGGAAAUUACAAUGGAAAUUACAAUGGAAAAUAUAGUGACUACUAUGGUGGUUAUAGUGGUUACAAUGGUAACAAUAAUGGUAACUCGAAUGGUAAUGCCAAUGGACCAGGUGGCAAUAACGGAAAUGACAACGGUAAUAACAAUGGAAAUGCUAAUGGUGGCUACUGGGGCUAUUCUGGAUAUAAUGGUAACAACAACGGUAACUACAAUGGUAACUACAAUGGAGCUGGUGGUUACAAUGGUAACAAUAAUGGUAACUCCAAUGGUAAUGCUAAUGGUGCUGGAGGCAAUAAUGGUAAUGAUAACGGAAAUAACAACGGAAAUUAUAAUGGUCCAGGUGGUAACAAUGGUAAUGGAAAUGGUAACGGAAAUGGUAAUGGUAAUGGUAACUGGUAAUCGAAUUGCUGUAUCUCCAGUUUUUUUCUAAAAAAGUAAUGAAUUUCUCAAUAUUUUAACG